UUUCCUCGCAAAGGCAUGCAGUAGCCUGGCUGUGUGACCAAAACACAGUGAAGAGGGCUGUGCUUCGAAACAAACGUUCGACAUUUCAUUGGAUGGAACAAGGAGAGCAAGAGAGUGCAAGUAUCCCCCAGUCCUGUCAAGUUGGUGAGAAACUUGAUGCAAUUUGAGAAGACUCUGCCACGUAGGUCCCACUUCCUGGUGCCCAGAUGCCGUCUGUAGCCUACAACAAUGACCGCUACAUCGCAGGGGAAACAUACUUGUUUACACCGAUUAAACUAGGACGCAGAAGACAUGGAGGUUGACAUCAAAGAGCAGCAGAGAGAUGCCCGCCUGAAAUGUUUCCAUUUAGACCUUUCAUACUUUAAUUAGCCAAUUACAAUAUGUCGCUACUGUGUAACCCGACUUCCUCUGGAACAGCACAGUCCACAAAGGAAAGACUGAAACGUUUUACCCUGCCAAUUAAAGUAUCAUUAUCAAUGACACCUGGACACUGAAAUGGAAUUAUUGACUCAAAUGUUGGCCUAAGUUGUCCUAUUGCCAGCACCUGAUUGACAGUGGGAUCUUCGAUGAAGAUAGGAUGAUCUGAUCCAAAAGCACAGCUGAGUAACCACGUUUUCAAAAAUGGGUUGCCCUACUCCAAUGCUGGCGGCAUCUGUGUCCACAUUGGGAGGGCUGGUGUUUGGCUAUGAGCUGGGCAUUAUCUCUGGAGCACUCCUCCAGCUCAAAACACAGUUCCAUCUGGGCUGUGUGCAACAAGAAACCAUAGUCAGUGCUCUGUUGAUGGGAGCAUUCUGCGCCUCAUUGAUCGGUGGCUGGCUGAUUGAUCGGCGAGGGCGACGGAACUCUAUUCUGCUGAGCUGUGUUUUGGUGAUAGCCGGGACCAGCUUGAUGUCCACUGGCGGAUUUUUUGCCAUCCUGGUAACAGGCCGGGCGAUAACAGGUUUUGCCAUUUGUAUCUCCUCCAUGUCCUGCUGCAUCUUCGUGUCUGAGAUGGUGCCCCCAAAGCGCCGGGGCCUGAUGGUGACUCUCUAUGAGGUGGGUAUCACUGUGGGCAUCCUGAAAGCGUUUUCCUUCAACUACAUCCUGACCGAUGUUCCUGAGGGGUGGAGGUAUAUGUUUGGUUUCGCCAUGGUGCCCACGAUGCUCCAGCUGAUCUCAAUCUGGUUCCUGCGCUCCAAAGUGGCCUCAGCAGGCCGCCUGUCACGGGAAAGCCACAGAGGGCUAGUGGAGGAAGCGGGCACUGAGGUUCCAGGGGAGGUUCACCAGGAAGAGAGGCAGGCGUACAGCACGUGGUGUUUGUUCCAGAGCAAGGACAACAUGCGGACACGCACAUGCAUCGGGCUGGGGCUGGUCCUUUUCCAGCAGUUUACAGGGCAGCCCAACGUGCUUCUAUACGCCUCCACCAUCUUCCACACGCUGGGCUUUCAGAGCACGGACUCGGCGGUGCUGGCCUCGCUUGGGCUCGGCAUCGUCAAAGUCCUCACCACCCUGGCAUCCACGGUUUGUGCUGACCGCGCGGGUCGCCGGCCGUUGCUGAUUGGUGGGAGUGCAAUGAUGGCAGUGGGCCUGUUGGUCAUCGGGUUUUUGAGUGGCAGUUCAGUGCUGGAUGCCAGAAGGCCCUGCAGUUCACCUGCCAAUGCCACACUCAAUACUUAUGGCAAUGCUAGCCUGAUCAGAUCUCUACCCGCAUCAGGGACUCCUCAGCUAUCAGCAGACCCCAGGCCCCUCACCCAACUCCAUGCUAUCCCAGUUCCUACAGAGGCUCCAGGGGGAACUGACCAAGAAGCAGUGAACUGGGUCAUUUUAAUCAGCAUGAUGGCUGUAGUGAGUGCCUUUUCAGUUGGCUUCGGACCAAUGACUUGGCUUGUACUGAGCGAGAUAUUUCCAGCUGGAGUGCGAGGAAGGGCCUUUGCCUUCAUCAACUGUUUCAACUGGGCAGCCCAUCUCAUAGUGACCUUUUCCUUCCUCAAUGUCUUAGAUGUAAUGGGUAUGUCUGGGAUAUUCCUAAUGUAUGGAGCAAUUGCAGUGGCAUCCACUGUUUUCAUCUUUUUCAUGCUUCCAGAGACAAAAGGAAAGUCACUUCAACAGAUUGACCGGGAGCUCUCAGAGAAAAGAUUCCAUGACCGAUCUGACUGCUUCCGGAGGAUAACCAGGGUAUCCUCGCCAGGGUAUCAGAGGGUGUGUAGCAUCUCAAACUCUAGUGUGUAGCAGUCCACAGCAAACCCUAGUGGCCCACAGAGACCUGUGAAGCAAGGUUACCAUAGUGAUGUUAGGAUGCAGCCACUGUUGAAAGCCUCUUUGCAUAAUGUGAUCAUGAAUUGUACUAAAUCAGGAAAUGCUCCUUCUCACAUGAAUACUUCAUACUUGAAUCAAUUGAACCCAAAUGGAGCUUGUGUAUUACUGUAUACAUAUUUUGUAUUAUUAGGGCCCGAGCACCGAAGGGCGCAAGGCCCUAUUGUUU